AUGAACCUCCGGCCAAGAUUCAUCAUCCUGGCAGUAGUGGUCACGGCCGGAAUCACAGCUGUGGUGUUCCUCGACCAAGGCCAGGUGGAGGCGCUCUCCCUGCCCGGGCUCUUCAACGUGGGCACCAAGGCCAAGUACGACGUGUGGCCCCCUUUCUCCGUCGAGCCAAAACACGAUACGAAGGCGUGGUACGUAGCACAGUGCUUCGGCGGCGGUCAGUCUGAAGACAUCGAGGUGAUCUUCGGGCAGCUCCUCACCGCGUGGUCGGAGUCACAGAACCCCGAGUGCGCUGGCCUUUACUCGAAGUUCAGUUACCUUUACGAAGUUCACGAUCGCUACGCCUCCAGGAUGCAAGUUCCAGGACCUUUUGCGGAGAAGAUUAAGGCUUGGCUCCAUAACGAUGCCAAACUGUUGGAACAGAUUCAUCGUCAGCACCUGAUUCACGUCUUUCACCCACUGACGUCAGAGCACACAGUGUACAACCCGGUGCGUGCGAGCCGUCCCAUGCCAACUCACGAAACGGAUCCUUUUGAGUGGCUCAACAAUCUCUCGGCUGAUACGAGUUUAAGCUGUGAUUUCUGCAGGUACAGUGAGGGCACGGCCGUUGAUGAACUCGGAAGGAUGACACUUGGGUAUCACGCGAUCAGCUGGGAGGGGACGGUCAGCCCUGACCCGUGCCGGACAGGCUGCCGACCUUGGGUCAGCCAGCAGCAGGCACACUCUGUCUUGACAGGAUCAUCCUUGGAGAAUAAGGACGAUGCGAAGGACACAGCCCGACUGACGAACACCUUCAAAGUGGAGUCGUGGCACAGCAUGGUGGUGACCAAGAACCUCCACCACCCUCUGAACUUCACCAGGGAACUCAUGAGUCACUUCUUCGAGGCCGCCAUGACCUGGAUUUACGACGUGAGCCAGAAGGAUACUGACUAUAUUUAUCCCAACAUAGCCUGGGACACCUUACAUCACGCGGGGGCUUCACAGAUCCACCCACACAUCCACAUGAUGAUGGCUCCUGACCAUUACUACGGCUAUUUUGAACUUCUCCGCUCGGCCGCCCAGAGGUACUACGAAGAGAAAGGGGAAAACUACUUCAAUGCUGUACUCGAGGUUCAUGCUGCCUUGGGACUCGUGGUGCAUUAUGGGAAGGCCGUAGCGAUCUCAACUGUGACUGGAAAAGCCGACCUGGAAGUAAUGUUCCUGAGCGAGAGCCCGAACGAAGACUUCUACCACCUCAUUUACUACACAAUCAAUGCGUACCACGAUACAUUCACACAGCUUUGCAAAGGGUUCGCUGGUGCCGUGCCUGCCAUGGGGGAAUCAGAUGCAGCAUCCCGAGGCAGGAUUCCCACAGUGGCGAAACUCAUCUCACGUGGGGACUGUACGUCACUCAGGACUGAUUAUAGCUCCUUCGAAAUCUUCCAGAUUGUGUAUAGAAUAUAUGACCCUUGGCGAGUGGCAGCAGCUAUCAGGAAAGCGAUUAAAACGCACAAUGAUCAACUUUAA